GACACGUGUUGGGAACUCUCCUGUUCGCACUUUCCCCACCGACGCACAUGUCCUACCCAUUUCGUGCACUGGCGCACGUGUUCGCGUCCUGCUCGGUUGUUGGCGGUGCCGGUCAUGGAGGCGUCCUGGUCCGGUCCGGCCCAGCUCUUUCGGACGAACUUUGUGAAACACGGUUGGCAACUGGUGCAGUCGUUAAGGAGGUUGAGACGACGGAUGGGCGCCUGUGUUACGAGCUAGUUCGUGGUGAUGGCCCCGCCAUGGGCUGGGACCUCCUGGUGAAGGCGCAGAACACUCUCGAGGAGGAACCAAACCGUGCUCAGCGCCGCGGCAGAUAUGCUGAACAGGUCGCUGUGGUCGAGGAGGCUUCGACAGGAAGCGAUGUUGAGAUGGCAGCUGCAGGCACAAGUGAGUCCGGAGAGAGCACCCCCGUCAUGGCUGGGGCAGAGAAGGAGCCAACGGAGGACGAGCGCGAAGCCUUCCGCCAGUACACGGAGAAGUUUGGGGAAUGCCGGGAUGGCUCCAACCCAGGCUACAGCCGGAAGGCGUUCCCAUGGUUCACCGGAAAGCCGCCUCAGGGGGAGAAGCUGUCCGCCGAGUCGCUGCAAGCUGCGCUGAGCUACCGGCCGACCAAGAAACGUCUGGCAAAGGUCAACCUCACUGAGGUGGAUUCCGAUCGGGAAGAAAUCCCACUCUGCACCCGUUGCUCCUUGCCUGUUGGCGAGUUUGCCUACCAGGGUCGCGAGGGCAAGGAUACUUGCGUCCACACAGAGUGCAUGGCACAGGUUCUCAUGAAGGAAGCCCAGCGCGAGGAGGAGCAUCGCACUACGCGGGAGAACAACAAGAAGCUGAAAAACCGCCGGGAAUACAACAUCGGCUGGCGGAUGGACAGCGUUCCGACCAAUGCCAGCCUGGCCGAGCGCAUGGGCUGCCGCCCAGCUCCGCAGGGGCUUUGUUGCCUGGUACUGGAUGAG